GUCUCUUCCCAGUCUUGGGUGAUCAUUUCCUCGUCCUCUCUCGAGUCUUUUCUCUCUCGGAUAAAAUCACUGUCUGCUCUGUUAGCUCUCCCUCCUCUCUCACAUAUGGCUUCCAUUACCAAGGAGGUUGACAAAGAGUUUCUCCCAUUCGUCCGUAUCUACAAGGACGGCUCGGUCGAGCGACUGUUGGGGUCUUCCUAUGUGCCCCCUUCGCCUCAAGAUCCAGAAACCGGAGUCUCGUCCAAGGACGUCGACAUUUCACAGGACCCCCCGAUCUCUGCUCGUCUCUACCUCCCAAGUCUCGACCAAACGGACCACCAGAAGCUCCCCAUCUUGGUCUACUUCCACGGCGGAGGCUUCUGCAUUGAAUCCGCCUUCGCCUCCGACCACCAGCAGUACCUCAACAGUUUGGUCGCUCAAGCUCGGGUUGUGGCUGUGUCUGUGGAGUACAGGCUCGCUCCUGAGCAUUUGCUACCCAUUGCUUACGAAGAUAACUGGGCCGCCCUCCAAUGGGUUGCAUCAAACUCUCUCGACAAUGGUGCUGAUAAAGAACCAUGGCUGAUGAAUCACGGGGACUUCAAACGAGUUUUUAUCGGUGGUGAUAGUGCAGGAGCCAACAUUGCUCACAAUAUAGCCAUGAAAGCCGGCGUCGAGAGCUUGCCCGGUGAUGUUAAGAUUUUAGGAGCCUUUCUUACCCAUCCUUACUUCUGGGGAUCGAACCCAAUAGGAUCGGAGCCCAGUGAAGGGCAUGACAAAGCUUUCCCGCACUUGGUCUGGAACUUUAUAUAUCCAGCUGCACCUGAAGGUAUCGAUAAUCCGAUGAUCAAUCCGAUCGCUCCGGGAGCGCCGAGCUUGGCUGGGCUGGGAUGUUCUCGAUUGCUCGUGACAGUGGCUGAGAAGGAUGAGCUGAGGGAUAGAGGUGUUGCUUACUGUGAUAAAAUCAGAAAAAGCAACUGGGAAGGAGAAGCUGAGUUGGUUCAAGUGGAUGGGGAGGAUCACGCUUUUCAGAUCUUGCAUUUUGAGACUGAAAACGCAAAGAAUUUUAUCAAACGCCUGGCUUCUUUUCUAAAAUAAUGUUUUUUCUCUCUCUUUUUCCUUAGGGUAAAAUGUACUUCUAUCCAAGUCAUGUCUCUUGUUUCUUCAUCUGAUCAUCUGAGCUUAUAAUAUGAAAAAUAAACUGGAUCUUAGUUGGUUUCAAA